AUGCCAACCAACGGGAUAAGCAAAGCCCUAAAGCUUCAGUUUGGACUCAUCAACCAUGAGAAUCGUUACCUAACUGCUGAGGCCUUUGGCUUCAAGGUAAAUGCAUCAGGCUCCAGUAUGAAGAAGAAGCAGAUUUGGACCUUGGAGCAAGAUGACCAGGAAAGUCAGGUAGUUUUCCUGCGGAGUCACCUAGGGCGUUACCUGGCCUCCGAUAAGGAUGGCAAGGUAGGUUGUGAGGCAGAGGAGCCAGAUUCUGAUUGCCGUUUCCUAAUCGUGGCCCAGUCAGACGGGCGUUGGGCUUUGCAGUCUGAGCCAUACCAGCGCUACUUUGGUGGCUCGGCUGAUUACCUGUCCUGCUUUGCUCAAACCAUUGGAGAGUCAGAGCUCUGGGCUGUCCACCUGGCCCUCCAUCCACAAGCCAACCUGCUCAGCGUGGCUCGCAAACGCUAUGCUCACUUGUCUGCUCCAGAUGGCGAGAUCUCUGUGGAUAGCAACAUCCCCUGGGGAGUGGACUCCCUGGUCACCCUGGUGUACCUAGAUGGGAAGUACUGUCUGAAGACAUGUGAUAGUCGAUUUCUCAGUAAUGAUGGCAAGCUGUUGAAGGGGAACAGUCCCAAUACCGGGUUCACUCUGGAACUUAGGUCUGGAAAGCUGGCCUUUAAGGACUCUGAAGGCAAGUACCUCACACCUAUGGGUCCCACAGGCACCUUGAAGUCUGGCAGAUGUUCCAAGCCUGGCAAAGACGAAUUGUUUGAACUGGAAGAGAGCCAUCCACAAGCGAUCUUCCAGGCAGCCAACAAAAGAUUUGUUUCCAUUCGUCAAGGUGUGAGUAUAUCUGCUAAUCAGGACAUAGAAACAGACAUGGAGACUUUUCAAAUGGAAAUUGACAAGGAGACCAAGAAAUGCAUGUUCAGGACUAAUGCAGGCAAUUACUGGACGCUCGUCUCUCAUGGAGGGAUCCAAUCCACGGCCACAGAAGUAGAGCCAAACACAAUGUUUGACAUUGAAUGGCUUGGCCGAAGAGUUGCUUUGAAGGCAAGUAAUGGGAAAUACGUCUGCACCAAGAAAAAUGGCCAAUUAGCAGCUGUCAGUGACUCCGUGGGAGAUGACGAGCAGUUCUUGCUCAAACUGAUCAACCGGCCUAUCCUGAUUCUACGUGGAGAGAAUGGUUUUGUGUGUCAUCACAAAAACUCAAACACACUCGAUGCCAACCGCUCCAUCUACGACAUAUUCUCACUGCUCUUCAGUGAUGGCGCGUACCAGAUAAAAUGUGCAAACGGAAAGUUCUGGUACGUUGCUGGCAGUGGUCUGGUGUGCACAGAUGGGGAAAAGCCAGAGGACUUCUUCCUAGAGUUUCUGGAACAUGGACGAGUUGCCAUCAAGGGUAAAAAUGGCAAAUACCUCUGUGGGGACAAGGGUGGCACACUGAAGGGUGAUGCUGUCAAAGUGGAUGUCUCCUCACUCUGGGAGUAUUGA